AUGCAAUUUUUGUUUGAAGUGAAAUCACAUAGUGAUAAUAAUUUAACACUUGAUAAUGUCGAUGGACAGCCAACAGCAUUAGAACUGUUCGAUGUUAAUGCUUAUUCUGAUUGGAAAACGCUGAACAUUGAUCUUGCUAAACAUGACGUAGCAAAAUCAAAACGUGAAUUAUUAGAAUUGAAAUAUCGUGUAUUUUAUAAUAAGUUACGUACAUCAUUCAAUUCAAUUGAAAUAGCAAUGCCAAUAUUGAACGAUGACGAUGGUGAUGACCAACAGAAAGCUUUCAAUAAAUAUGAAAAAAUAAUGAAAAGAAAAAGAAUCAAGUUCAUGGUUAUAAAAAUAACAGAAGUCGCAGCAAAGUUUUAUCAAUGUCAAAGUAUAUUCGAUCAUGAAUUGUCUACAAUGUGGAAAAGUCAUCGUAAUCAAGUUAAAAAUCAAGGAAUGUCAAUAACAUUAACGAAUAUCAUUCAAAAACGUUCCGAUAAUCUUAUUGAUCGAUGGAUAGAUAUCUAUAACUAUAGAAUUAAUUAUUAUCUUUGUAAUUCUUAUGCUGAUUCGGAUCAUACAGAUACAAAUGAAAAUGAUCAAAAAAUGAAUGGAAUUGGAUUUUCAUUCUUUCUAAUUAAUGAUAAGACCUAUGAAUUGACUGAUAAACAAUUGUAA